UAAUAAGCAAACAGAUCGUUCACAACCGAUUACUUAAAUGGAGAACACCUGCAAAUAAAGAACCAAAGAAGAAAAUUUGAGCUUGAUCUAACAUUCAAUGAGGAGAUAAAGGAUGGAUAUCAUUGUGAUUUCAUUGCUCACAGUUUUGCCUUGCCUGUGUAAUGCUGGCUCUACAGACAAUCUUGCUUUUGGAGCCAACGCUGUUCAGUCCUCCACUUACAAUGAAUUAGCAGAUGCUGAUCAUGCUGUAGAUGGUAACAGAGAUUCAAAUUACAUGUGGGGCUCAUGCACUCACACCGGAAUAGAAGAUAAUCCCUGGUGGAGAGUGGACCUCAAAAGUAUCUACAGUAUUAACAAAGUUAUCAUCAUUAAUCGUGGAGACUGUUGUGAAGAGAGGAUAAUAGGUGCUCAGAUCCGCAUUGGCAACAGUCUGGAUAACAAUGGCAACAACAAUAAGCUCGCUGAAACUGUUGUGUCCAUCCCACUUGGAGGCACACAAACAUUUACAUUUGACAAUAUUCUGGGGCAAUAUGUCAACAUCUUUCUACCUGGAACACAAAAAAUCCUCACUCUGUGUGAAGUUGAGGUGUAUGCAGAUAACACUAAAGAAGAAUUAGGAGAUGCUAAUCAUGCUGUAGGUGGUAACAGAGAAUCAAAUCAGAUGGACUCAUGCACUCAAACCAGAUUAGAAGGUCAUCCCUGGUGGAGAUUGUAUUGUUACAUAAAUAAAAAACAAUAUUGAUUCACUGGA